AUGGUUCAGCCAGUAUUCGAAGACUCAACGGUAGCCCUAUCAUCGUGUUUCCUCUGCGGAGUGCUCUUCUUUGCGGAGUUCUACCGCCUCAAGGGGGAUGUUAAUAAAGCGAGCCAAUACGUGGCAAUGUUCCAUCAUGUUGUCUCUACUGUACUAGCAGCUGCUGUCAUCAUUAUCAACUGGGACUCACUAUGGACCUUGGCUAGCUUCGGGUACAACACUGACUACUCCCUCGUCAACAUACUACAACAUUUCAACAUUGGUUAUUUCACAUACGACCUGGCCCAUGUUCUCACUUGGGACCGCAAGUUCCUCGGUCAUCAUGUAGUUGCCAUUGCUGGUUUCCUUACGUCUGAUGUCGCCAAUGUAUUCGGCCUGGCUAAUGCUGUGAACACUUUCAUCACGGAGUUGGGUUCAAUAAUGUACAACUACUACAAUACUAGACGCUCUACUACGACAUAUACAGUCUUCGUGGUAGCGUAUUCGAUCUCGAGAGCCUUCUUACUAACAUGGAGUUUCCGUGUGCUCUGGCAAGCGACUCAUCCUCCGGCCGAUUACGUGUACCCAUUUUGGGCUCCUUAUGCGAUGGUCAUUUUGCAGUCGUCAAUUUUCAUCAUUAACUUCAAGUUCCAGUUAACUCACUUGAGGAAACUAUAUAGGAUACUCUCCGGACAAAAGGCCGCGCCAAAGCCAGUCAAGAGUACUGAGACUGAACUGCAGUCGGGUGGAGAAGCGGUCAACAACAACAAGGAGGAGGAGGAGGAAGAGGAAAGCAUCAGCGACGAUGAGAAUCCGGCUAUUCCCAAACGAAUUUUACGUAAUCGUGCUAAUGGUGUUGCCCUUGGAGAGACGACCACAGUAGCUUAACAAAGGCCUUCCUUAAAUACCAUCAAUAUCAUUCAUCGUAGUUGUUUCUACUGAGACUGCUAUUUAUCGAGGCAUUGAUCCAUGGAUCAAAGCUGACCUAAAAUACCCUGUGAGAAUCGCUCACAGCCCUUUAUGCUCGGGCG